AGCGCGCGUACUUACAUACGAUCACGUAUACAGCUCGUUUAGUUUUUUUUUUUAAGUCCGUCGAAACGUUAUUUUCAAAAUCGUCCCGAUUCGCGAAAUUUUUUUUAAUUUCAAUUAUCCUAGUCUCUUAGACCUACGUAAUUACCGCACACACUCGUUACAACAUUAAUCCUCGUCACAGUUGAUAGUUGGUUCUUUUUUUUUUUAAGUUUUUAUUUUAUUAUUUUUUUUACCACAUCCUCUUGUUGAUCGAUCGUAUUGUAAUAAUUGUACGACGAGUUUAUGGUAAAUUUGAUGAAUUAAAAUUGUCGAUAACAAUAAAGAAAUAAAUAAAGAGCCGCACGUGAACGCGGCCGAAAGUGUGGAGGAGGAAAAAUUAAUCGGUACUUGGACGUCGCUAACGCGCGUAAACAUCAGGAAAAACGUGUUCCUACGCACUGCCGUCGUGGAACGUUUCGAGAACGUACACUAAAAAUAAAAACAUAAUUGCAAUGUGUGAUAAUACUAACACAACGACGCAAAGUAUAGCGGACUAUCUGUCACAAUUAUUAAAAGAUAGGAAGCAAUUAGCUGCUUUCCCUAACGUCUUCAUACACGUAGAACGCCUACUAGAUGAAGAAAUCGCAAAGGUUCGGGCGAGCCUAUUUCAAAUCAGCGGAGUGAAAAAGGAACCGUUAAUUUUACCAGAACCGGAAGGCGAUGUCACCACACUCACGGAAAAAGUCUACGUGCCGGUUAAAGAACACCCAGACUUCAAUUUCGUUGGGAGGAUUUUAGGCCCACGUGGUAUGACCGCCAAACAACUCGAACAAGAGACUGGAUGCAAAAUCAUGGUUCGAGGAAAGGGCUCGAUGCGAGACAAGAAAAAGGAGGAACAAAACAGAGGUAAACCAAACUGGGAGCACUUGACAGACGAGCUGCAUGUGCUACUGACGGUGGAAGAUACCGAAAAUCGAGCAACGUUAAAACUCGCACGUGCCGUGGAAGAAGUCAGGAAACUUCUCGUACCCGUGCAGGCAGAUGGUGAAGAUGAGUUAAAGAAGAGGCAGCUCAUGGAGCUCGCCAUAAUAAAUGGAACAUAUCGUGACUCGAAUACAAAGGUGGCGGCCGCUGCAGUUUUUGAUAUUGCAGCUUGUGACGAGGAAUGGAGGCGCGUUGCACAAGCGGCAGCGGAGACACAGCGACUCUUACCGGGAUUAACUGCUCCGAUGAGGAACCCAAGUACGCCUCUUGGAGCACCGUUGAUCCUUUCUCCGAGGAUAUCAGUGCCAACGACAGCUGCCUCUUUGUUAAGUGGGUCAGGACCACCUGGGUCCCUUAUGUCUGCGGGAGAUCCUCAUGGUCUAAUUUACACUCCAUACGCAGAUUAUGCGAACUAUGCAGCACUUGCAGCUUCACCUCUUCUCACCGAGUACGCUACAGCUGACCAUUCUGGUGCAGCAGCCGCUGCCAAGCAGCGUAGGCACCUGGGUCAGAUUCGCGAGCACCCUUAUCAAAGGGCUGGCGCUCUCUCGUGAAUACAGAGUACUCUCGCGCCUCCGCGGAAAGGCUUGGAGUGCUAACAAUGGAAUCCACUCGCCCCGUGCUAACACCUGGACUCUGGAAGAGCAUCCGCGUUCGAUUGAUUCGCCUGACAGCCGACCACCUUCGCCGCCCGCGUCACCAGCCCUGUUCGUCGAGCCUUAUCUAUCCUGCAUCCUAUUCGUGUCCGGAGUUUGUACUUUACGAUUAAAAUUUGCUAUCCAGAAGUAUCUCGAUGCUAGCGCAGCAAUAAAUUCAUAAUUGUAUUUCAUCGAUUAACUUGUUAUUGCACCGGCAUUGGGAUAUUUUUUGAUCGAUUGCAAUCCUAAAGGGCAAUUCUUGGGACACCGCUGUAAAUCUUCAGUUUUUGUAAAAUAACAAUGCAACGGUAGCAUUUCUUUCGCGAUAAGAGAUUUUUUUUUUCCAAAGAUUGUAUCAUAUAACGCAUUCUCAUAGGUACAACAGAUUUGAAAAUAUUUUCUUCAAUUCUACCUGACAUUUUUCACUUAGAAUCGAUCGAUCAAUCAAACGUUAAAACAGAGCUAAAUAGAACUGUUUGCUAUUUAUAUUCAUUGGAUUACUGGGUAUAUAUCAACGUAGAACUUAGCGGCGCUUAUUUAGAAUUGUAACAUACGCCCGAUUCUCGAGUUCAGAUAUUUCAUUGACAUUCAAAACCAACUGGAUAUGAUUUAUCCCAGUUUCCUUCUCAGGGCUAAAAACACUCAAUGAACAUGUUAAAAAAAAAUCAGUUCACUCUUGCUCUUGUCAUAAAUUUUUUAGAUCUUUUUAUAUUGAAAAAAAAGAAUUGUCAUAUAUGAUUAAUAUUCUAAUACAGGUUUUUUUUUUAUCUACGUACAAAGUUAAUUACCAGACUUGAAAAAAAAAGAGAUCCAGUAAAACUGUUGAGGUGAAAAUAAUCAAUUAUUUGACAAUAUACGCUUAAACUGAACGUCCUGGACAUCUUGAGAGGAGUUGGUCACGAUGUCCCGCAGAAACAGGAUCUACCCCGAGAUUAAUCGAGACUCGACGCAAAGGUAUAGAAUAAAAGCAAAGAUGAAAAGAAAAAAUCGCGUGGCGUGCGUGAUUUUUUUUUUUUUUUUUUUUUAACGAAAGUAAAUAGAUCUGUUGCUAGCACUUUUUCCGUUAUGAAAUUAUUAUCAUUUAAGUUAAAAUAUAUAAAUAAAUGUAUGUAACUUGUUAAUAAGUGUGAUCGAUUGAUUGAAUGAAUGAGCGAAUUACUUAAUGUUGAUCAACAUUACAUCGUAGUUACGUGUUAAAUUAUAGGUCUGCCAUACACAUAAUUCUAAGAAUUUCAUUAUGCGUUAUUAAUCUCCGUAUCAUUAUAGUUUCAAAUAAUUAUGCCCGUUAUUUAGUUAAUUGCAAGAAUCUUUAUGCCUCCGAAGCAUCCUAAAAUUAUCUCCGUAGCUUUUCUUUCUUGUACAUAGAUGCUUAAAGCAUAGCUACACACUUUGAGUGAUCUGCAAUCUACUUAAGUUCAUGUUAUCUAAUAUUCUGAAUUAUUUUAUUAUUAUUAAUACAUAAUCAUUUAUCAUUACACGAUUUAUCUAGAUAUUAGCAACAUAUGAAUUGAGAAUCUCUUUAGCAUGUCUUAUACUAUACACUAUUCACAUAAUACACACGUACAUAGACGUAAAUGAAAUACGUCUGUAAAUUAAAUCCGUGCGUGUGUGUGACCGUGCAUAUGUAUAUGUAUAAUAUAUUCAUACAAUUUUACAUAUAUAAAUUAUAUAUGUAAUAAAUAGUAAAUUAUAUUCAAUCGGUAAAACACUACAUUUUUGAAUCAAAAACAAGACAAAAAAAAAAGAACAGAAUAUUUCUGCUUAAAUUUGUUUUAGUGAUUACGCAUUAUCAUAGUUAAUACGUCUGAAUCUACUUGGAUAUUAGUUGAAUAUAUAUAAAUAUAUAUAUUGUAUUUUAUUUUUAUGUAAGUACGUUUUAAUGUAUGUAGAUACGCAGCGUACAGGAUAUCGUGGCAAUAUUUAAUUUUUUUUUUCUCCUUGCGGGCAGCAAUACAAAAUAAUAGUGAUUUUUAAUAUCUCCGUAAAGAUCUGAUAAAAACAUUAUAUAAAAGAAAAGAAAAAGAAAUUGAAAAAGUGAAAAUGAAAUGAAUGAAUAGUAAAUAAAUAAGAAAAUUAUAGUACUUCAUAUAUUAAACAGUAGGGAUUAUAAGUUGCAAUGAAAUCGCAAUAUAUUUGUUUAAAAAUAUACAUAUAUAUAGGUACACACAUAUAUAUAUAUAUAUAAAUAUAAAAAUAUAUAAAUAAAAAGUUAUAUCAUAGAUGAAUAAUUUUUUUUUUUUUUUUUUUUUUUUUAGAUCAGACUGUAUGAAAUCAAUGCCUAUGCAUAUCUACAUAUGAUCACAUCUUUUACAGAAAAUCAAUCACUGAUAUAUUUUUAUUGAUCUUUAUGUCUACUUAACUGUUAUACUAUUGCAUGUUCGAGAUUCAAUGUUUAAAAGCAGAUUUGAGGCGGUUUUUCAACGUUUUCAAGACGGAUAGAGCGGCAUACUACAUACAUCCAUAACGCAGAACUAAUCCGAAUGAAAUCAUUGUACAGCCUAAUGAAAAAUAUAUUUAUAACGGAGUUAGAUAAGAUAUAUUUUAGCUCAAACUCUGCAUAACUUUUUGCAAGAGAUGGGAAAGAAAAAGAAAAAAAUUAACUUUUACCAAUUCAUUCGUCGUUUCGUAGCUACUUCGAAAGAACUAUUAUGAAAAGAAAAUUCUAUAAUUUGGAAAAAUAUACUUACAGCUGGGACACAGCAAACCGUUUGAUGCAGCAAACUGUGUUGUAAAAUUAAUAUUACUGAAUAAAAGUUUGACACUAAUCAUUAA